AUGUCAUCUUCGGCAUCAUCUACAGCAAAGGAAUUGAAUGAGAGAAUCAAUUCUCUCAAAUCCAUGAUGAGUAGUUUGCAAAAUUCACCUCUCAGUAGCAAUAAUAGUGGUGGUGUUUCAAACUCUCACAAUUUUCCAUCGGCAGGUUCAUUACGUUAUUCCAUGUCGGGAAGCGUUCCUAUGAGCGGAAGUAGCCUUACUCCCACCUCUGCUGCUUCCUUCUCAUCUCUGUACCAUACCAACAAUAAUAACAAUACCUUGAUCAACAACAAUAACAAUACCACUCAUCAACAACACCACAUGAUGAACCAAUCUUUAGAGAUGCCUACUCCCAACUCCACCCCGUCCAUGGUCAUGAUGGAUCAUCCUCCCUCUUGGUCUUCAUUGUUGGUCUCUUCCAAUGUGAUGAUGGAGGACGAUGAAGUAAAGUUGUUGCGAGAAAAUAAUCAGAGAAUGUCCUCCAAGAUUACCCAGCUACAAGACUCGUUGAAUACUUACUCGGCCAAGCUUCAAUUUGCCAAUGAGCAGCUACGGGAUACCGAACAAAAAUUACGAGUGACCAGAGUAGAGCUUGAUCAAGAAGUGGAUAAAAGGCGCACGAGAGAAAGAGAACAUCAGGAAGAGGCUAGAAAUUUACAUAAUCAAAUUGAGGAAAUUCAGUCUCAAUUGGAAUUGAGCGAGCAUAGAGAAAAAAAUCUGCUCGAGUCCAAAGACGCCCUAGAAAAGAUCAACAAGGAUUUAGAGAGAGCCAACAAGGAGAAGAAUCAAAUGAUAGCAGAACUGAACACAGUAGUUGCCUCCAAAAAGACAGAAUGCGAAAAGCGUUUGGAAGACAUUCAUCAACUCAAGACACAAAUUGCAAGCCUGUCAGAAGAAUUAAACGAAGAAAAAAGAAAUCAACAAAAAUCUCUCGAGAAUCACAGAACCAUUCUCAAAGAUACUCAGGACAAGUAUGAAGAGAAACUGGCCAAAUUGGCCAAGCAUAUAGAAAAGGAGAAGGCUCGACACUCUCAAAUUAUGGCCCAUUUCAAAACUCAAAUCUCUGAUUUGGAGCAACAAGUCGCACUCUUUGAUGACCUCCAACAAAAGAAUCUGGCUCUUUCUUCCCAAUGUCAAAAUUCGGCACAGCGAGAAAAGUUCUACAAGUCCAAACUCGAUUCUCUUCAAAUGGCAUUGAAUGAACAGCAGACACAAACAGCUCUCAAUCAACAGACAUUGCUGCAUUUGAGUAAGGAGAAGGAGGACUUGCUUCUGUCAGAAAAACGCCUGAAAGACGAAAUCGAGGAUGUAAAUACAUUAAUGGAGACCAAAACGGAAAAGCUUAAUAAGGAAAUACAGAAACUGGAGAAAACAAACGUGUUGCAACAACAGAAAAUUCUCCAACUUCAGUCCACCAUCACUUCGAUGGAGGCCAAGCUUGUGAAGUUUGACAAUGAAAAAGAAAUCAUGUUGGCUCAGUUCGGAGACCAAAUGUUCCAAAAACAAGAGGAGUUGAAUGCUUUGCGUAGAUCGUUUGAAAAUUCUGAAAGAGAAAAACAAGCACAAAUUGAAAGACUCGCUAAAGAGCUCGAUGAGAAGAAUGUGAAUCUCUUUAAUCUCAAUCAAGCAUUCAAAACCAAAAUGUCUCAAUAUGAAGAAAUUACAGAGUCUAUGAAAGAACAACUUGAGCAACAAACGACCAAGGAAAGUCAAUCUGAAGCAAGAGAGGAAAUUAUUGUCAAGAAGCUCGAAGAAAUGCAGAGCAGAAUCAACUUUGUUGAGGGUGAGAAUGAGCUUUUGAAAGAAAAGCUCGUUCAAUAUAAUUCUGUUGUUGAGAGAAUGAACAAAUUGACAGAGGAAAACGAGUUCUUACAACAACAUGUUAAUAAUUUACGAGUGGACAAUCAAAGUUUGCGAGAUACAGUUGACUUUUACCGUGGACAAAAUAUUACAAGUGCAAGACAGGAAGAUGAAAUGAACAAAGAUGCCUCCCUUACCUAUAUUGAACAAGUCGAUAAUAAUAAUUCCAAGUUGAACGACAGUGCAUUCCUGGUUGACGAAGACGAUGAAGAGGAUGUUGAUAAUGAGGAACGAAGGGAUGGCCAAGACAAGAUUCAUCAUACGAUACUUGUAAAUAUUAGCAAGCCUUCUGCUCAGCAAGAUGAGCAAGAUGUGGAUCGUGAUGCAAAUGGAGAUGACGCUUCCUCGGAUUCCAAUGAACUCACAAGAGAAAUGUUGGAUGACUAUGACGAGGAAAUUGAAGAAAAUAACCAAGAAGAGGACAGUGAGGGAUCUUUUGAUCAUGAAGAAGAAGAGGUUGAUAAUGAAAUUGAAGAAUUGAUUAGACCAAGAAAGUUAACCAAUCUUUCGCCCAACUCGUCUUCUGAAAAUUACCUUACCUCACAACUUUCUACCUUGAGAAAGAGUAUUGCUUUAUCAGACGACGUAUAG